GGUGAAAGCUUGUUCUUCUGCCACUCUGUUUUUCUUCUCAGCCACUUUAACAAACUGUGUGCCAUUUGAGGGGGUGUCUUCAUUACGGCUUGUGAGGUGAUAAGGAUUUCUCUAUAAUGAGAUGGAUUCCGGGAGAGGCUCCCUUGGGAAAGAAAGUAAGGAGACUCUAGUUGCAGAUAAGAAGGAAGGGAUUGGGGCCUGUGGCUGGAUCCUGGUUUCCCUUUCAUUCCUGUUUGUGCUUAUUACCUUUCCUUUCUCCAUCUGGAUGUGCUUGAAGAUUGUCAAAGAAUAUGAGCGUGCUGUUGUAUUUCGGCUGGGACGUAUAGUGUCUAAAAGAGCAAAGGGCCCAGGUUUGAUCUUGGUCCUUCCGUGUACGGAUGUUUUUGCCAGGGUUGAUCUUAGAACUGUCACCAGUAACAUUCCUCUACAAGAGAUUCUUACAAAAGAUUCUGUAACUACCCAAGUUGAUGGAGUGGUCUACUAUAAAAUCCACAGUGCUAUCUGUUCAGUGGCUAAUGUCACAGAUGUCCAUUUAGCCACCAACCUGCUGGCACAGACCACUUUGAGAAAUGUUCUAGGCACCCAAAGCUUGUCCCAGAUCCUGUCUGGCCGAGAAGAGAUUGCCCACAAUAUCCAGUCUAUCCUUGAUAAUGCCACUGGUAAAUGGGGAAUCCAAGUAGCACGUGUGGAAAUCAAAGACGUCAGGAUCCCUAUGGAGAUGCAAAGAGCUAUGGCUGCUGAAGCUGAAGCAACACGAGACGCUAGAGCUCAGAUCAUAGCAGCAGAAGGAGAAAGGAAUGCUUCCGAAGCACUGAAGCAGGCCUCCAUGGUGCUGGUCGAGUCUCCAUUAGCCCUGCAGCUGCGCUACUUGCAGACCUUGACCACACUGGCUACUGAGAAGAAUUCCACCAUUGUCUUUCCUCUGCCCAUGAAUAUGCUGCAGGGUUUUUAUUAACAGUAAUAGGACCAAACCAAAUGGGGACCAAGGCUUUUUUACACUGAAUUCUUUAGUUCCGAGAGUUUUACAGGGAUUCAGGAAAAGCAAACCUCUGCAGAUGAUCAGAAUUAAUGUUGAAAGUACACUUUGAUACUCUGCCUCAGGAAUAGGGUUAACUACACAGAGACAAUCACAAGUCAGAACACUGAAUCUGAAUGCCCCCAAAUUUCUCAGGGAUUCAAAAUUCAGACAUCCAAAUGUUGUGGUUCAAACUCAUCUCUAGGUAAAAAAUAGAAGAGACUUUGUUAAAAUACAGAUUUAACUUAAACUGAGAUGCUCACUUUUGAUGUUACUUGAUUUUACAGAGUCACUCGGUUAGCAGGUAUGUGGUGAUUUAUCUGCUCAUCAGCAGCCUGCCUCUAAAAGCUAAUACAACUACUGUAUGUAGUAAAUAGGCCAGCUCCUGCUCUGUUACACUGAGGUAAAUUUGUAGCAACUCAGCUGAAAAUACCAGUGUAGUGGCAAGAAGAAUGUCACCCGGAGGUAUUCCUGGAUCAUUACUGGAACCACCAAGUAAUUUGUAAGUCUAUGUAGCUCCUAUAGACUAGGGGCUACAUCUACAAAAGGACUUAGGUGCCUAUAUCCAACAUUUAGAUGCCACCGGCCUUAAACCUCUCUCUCUCACCUAAGCCCCAGCAGGCUUCUCAAAUUUGGUGGGCCUCCAUCUAUUUCACCUACUGAGGGCCAAUCCAGUUAGCAUGCAUUGAGCAUAUUUAAAUCCACACAAAAUAACAAUGUCCUCAGAGAAUAGCAUGGCCUUCUCAUAACCUUUAGCCAGGUGGUAGGGCACAAAGGCAGGACGUGGGAGACCUGGGUUCUGUUCUCCCUCCCGACUAACGGAGAGUAUAUGUUUGAACUUGGUUCUCCCAUUCCUGAAGGGAAUGCCCAGCCAUUGGCCCUAGAGAGUUAUUUUCACUCUGUGUCUGUCACAAUUCAUAUUUAAUUAUUUCUGCACAGCGGAACAGCUUUAGCAGGUGAGACAGAGACACCAGCACCAGAAUAUCCCAUAGCCCAGUGGUUAAAGAACUCUCCUGAGAGGUAGGCAACCCAAUUUUGCAUCACUGCUCCACAGCUAGCAGAUGGGGGAAUUGAACCUGGGUCUCCCACACCCUGAAGAAGUGCUCUGACCACUGGGGGGUUCCCUCUUGCAAAAAUCAGUUUAGGCCCCUAAUUCCAAGAGAGGGUUAAUGUCUGAGAAUCCCAAGCAGAGGGGCUUUCUGAGUGGCUCAGGGGUUUAGAUCACCCCUGUCUCCUUGGGACAUGCUAAUGCCUGGCUGAGGUGACUCCUUGCUCAGCAUGAUGGGCCCCAUUCUAACAAACUCUCUCCCCUGUUGUGCAUAGGGAGCCUGAGCCCCUAAUUCAGUGCUACAGUUCCUACUGGAUGACACAGUACCCAAAAUGUAGGCAUUGCAAAGCUGAGCACAAGUCUCUUGGUGGAUCUAGCACCUCCUUUUGCUCUUGUGCAGAUGUAAAUUAGCAGUAACUCCAUUGACUUUAAUGGAGUUUUCCUCAAGUGUAAGUGGGAUCAGAACCAGGCCUAUAUGGUAUUUGGCAUCCAAACUAAUCAGCACUCUGUACAAUAAAAGGAAGAGCACGUAUUUCCAGUGGUUAGAGCAGCAUUUCUUGCACUUUCAAAAGCUAAGCCUAUUUUCAGGAAAAUGAACCCAGCCAUGUGGGUUUAAAUACCUACACAUUUUAAUGUAUGCAUCUUCUUCCUGCCUCUGCAGCCAGCUAGUCCUUUGUUUUCCCCAUGCCCCCCAUAUUUGGGACACAUUGAUGUAGAUAUUUGUAAUAGGAGGCUUUCUCUCCUUUCACACAAGGUGUGAUGGGCAGCAAAAUAGUCAAUACUGUAAAGUAUCAUAACUGUCAUAUGAAUUAGCAUCCUUUGACAUUGAUAGGGUAGAUCACACCAAAGAGCUAUUGUAUCAGGUCUCUGUGAACUCUGCCACUUGAUCACAUUUUGAAGUUUCUCUUCACAGCCACAGCAGCUGACUUAAAAAAAAUAGAGAGAGGGGAGAACAACUGAGAGGUGUCUCUGCCUGCCACCAGUCGGCUACUGCUGCCAGAGUAUGUGAAAGGAAUGUGGGAAUUGCCAGACUGGAGCAGACCUAAGAUCCAACUAGUCUAGGAUCCUGUUACUGAUAGCAGCGAACACAAGAUGCUUCAGAGGAAGGUAUAAAGACCCUGCAGCAAGAGAUUUAGCAUUGCUUCCAAAACUUUGUGUUAGCAUUAACAGUAAAAACUCUGGAUAUUCUUGUUAACAAUGUAAAUGGCCAAUUUUUUUUUUUAAUUUUGCUGGGCUUUUGGCCUCAAUGAUAUCCUGCAGCAGUAGGUUUUACGGUCUAAUUACAUAUUAUGUGAAAAAGUAUUUCCUUUUAUCAAUUUUGAAUUGCCUGCCUUUUUAAUUUAAUGUCCCCUUGUUGUGUUAUGAGACAGGAGAACAGAAGCUCCCAAUUUACCUUCUCUAACCCAGUCAUUAUUUUUUGUUUUCAUUCUCUCCCCUCCUUUCCAUUCUAGCUUCCUGAGUGAUUUUCCAUGCCCAAUAUCAUUCUCAUCACCCUCAUCUGAACGCCUCCACCACCUCUAAUUCUGCAGUAACCUUUUUGUGAUGGGCUGAGGCUGAGACAGAGAACAGCCCUAUGAGGUGCUUAAAAUGCUCUGACUUACUGAGCUAUACAGCUUGCUGUACAGACUUCACUAACCAAGUUUUUAAUUGACCAAGAUGUGUUUAUUUUCUAUGUAUGGGUCAAACAUCUACUCCCCUAACUGGCUGUCACAGAUAUCUGCCUCUCUGGGCAUUCUGGUGCAAUCAUCCAUUAUAAAUAUUUCUAAGGGCCGUAUUUCCUCAGUGUCUAAGGCCUGGUUUACACUAGGAAUUUACAGUUGGUAUAGCUACAUCUCUCAAGGGCGUGAAAAACCCACACCCUUGAGAGAUGUAGCUGUUCUGGCCUAUUCGCCCUCCUUCCCAUGUAGGUCUUGUCUACACUGCAACGGUGCAGCUCUAGCACAUCUAAUUAUUGCCAUACAAGCUAGAGUCGGACAACAAAUACAGCAAUUAAUGGCAACGGCAACUAUUGUCUGGGACCAGUUUUCUCUGUCUCUGACUGGGGGGACAUAUCCUUUAAGAUUUUUUAAGGUGUGUCUCCAAAGCAACUUAAGCCCCGAGCAAUGUAGUUAUGCUGACCUAAUCUUCUAGUGUUGACCAGGCCAUAGUCUUUGUUUCAAGGAAAGAUUUGUGCAUUUGAAAUUAUAAUUUAGCUGACAUUUCU